ACAUGACAGACAUGAUGAGAAAUUGCGUUCCAGCUUGGCGUUGGUUGCGGUUGGACUGUUUCUGUUGUUAUUUGAGAAUUUAAAUUGGGAAUGGCUUACUAAAACUAACUGGAGCUAUACGUCCUCUAGUUCUCUUUGGAAAGUAUUUCACCAUGUCUGUAGAAAAGAAAAAGUUUGACUGUACAGCUUUGCCGAAAGGAUGGCAAAGAGAAGAAAUUAUUCGGAAGUCUGGCUUGUCAGCGGGGAAAGUGGAUAUCUAUUAUUACAGUCCAUCGGGCCAUCGAUUCCGCAGCAAACCUCAACUGGCACGUUAUCUGGGAGAGACUGUCGAUCUCUCAUCAUUUGAUUUUAGAACUGGUAAUAUCAAUAACAAUGCCUUAAGGAAAACCAAACAGAGGCCAAGAGGGAUACAAUUCGAUUACAGUCGCGGUGUUCGGACGGAUGCUUCACUUGUUCCACCAAUAAGACAGACUGCAUCCAUCUUCAAACAGCCAGUAACAGUGCACAAAACUCAAGAAGGAAAAGUUAAAUCAGACUUCAAACAAGGACCUCAAAGCCAAGACAAGCCCAAGCAGCUUUUCUGGGAGAAGCGAUUGGAAGGACUCAGGGCAUGUGAUAUUGAUGGGUUGGAGUUGGAUGCAAUGGAGUUACCCAAGGGUCUGAAACCUGUUGGACCUCAUGUAGGUGAUGAAACUUUACUACAAUCUGUGGCCACUGCUCUUCAUGUGUCUGCUCAACCAGUUACUGGUCAGACUGGUAGCCGCUCUGCCCUUGAUAGAAACCCAGGCGUCUUUCUAAAUCCAGAUCAACCACUCGUUCAGGCUGUUCAAGUAAUAGAUGACGACAUCAAGCGGCAAGAAGAUCGAGUCUUAUCAGCAAGAAAGAAAUUACAAGAUGCACUUAAAGUAUAGGAAUUUCACCAAUAUAUAUAUUUUUAUUGUUGUUUUGUUUUAAACUAUGAAACAUCUUUCUGUGCCCUUAUCGAACACUGUCUCGUUUAUUUGGCCUUCAGGCAGGUUCUUUUUUUACUUUGAUCUAUUACUUUCUUCAUGAUUCUUGUUAUUUAUUAUUACAAGUUUUGUUUUUUGUGUUUGUAACCUUGUAACCACUCCAGUGCAAACACAUGAUUGAUUGUAUAACAAACCCCUUGUGAUAUUGAGUAUUUCAGGCUGGGAUGAUGCAUUGUUGCAUUUCAUCUGAUAUUUAUUGUAAUUUAAAAUUUAUGAAGUAUGCUGAAUGCUUGUGUGUCCUUACUUUCUUUGAACUUUUAAGUUGUUGCUUUUCAGAUCAGUGAGGGACACUCAGCUGUGCUCGUUUUUACAAACAGUUCUAAACCCAAAGAUGUUAUGGCUAUCUAUUUUUUUUUUUUUCCUUUCUUUUUUCUGCCACUGUGUUUUUGUAAGCUUAUUGUUAAAUGAAUCUAAAAGUACUUUUUUUACUAGAUAAAAUAAUAAUGAACUGUACCUUUUUCAUGGUUGUAUUGUGUUCACUCAGACCAGACUUUAGAAAUUAAGUAUGUAUUGUUAGUAACUAUAAUCGCAUCAUGAAAGAACUCAAUACUAUAGUUAGGUUAAUUAUUGGCACCAUGCAAUAUGAAAAUUUGAAAACGUGCAGUCAAAACAUACAGCAUCUAAGACAUCAUGCAUCAAUACAACUAAGCAUUUCAAAGAAGAUUCAGAAAUAUCCAAAAUUUUCAUUAUUUUUGUCAUUUUUUUAUUAAAUAAUAGUAGACACCCUGUCCUGAGUAGUCAUGCAUCAGUCUGGUGCUUAUGUGAUGUAUCGAAGACCCCUUUUCAACUGAAUCAUGUUUAUUGUUUUGCUACAAAAUUGUUAGAGCUUUUCAUUGGAACUAGUUUAUCUGCUGAUGUAAGCUGAUCUUUUCUGAUCUUGUUUUGUGUGUUGUCAAAUAUUCAUCUGGUGUUGGUCAAUUUUAAUAAGAUUUGACUUUUCUCUAUGAUUCAUGAAUAUGCUCGACUAGACCCUAGCCAAAUGAAUUUGGAACUGAAGCGGUCUUCCUCAAGAAUAAUGUUAAUACUUUUUUUUUUCAAAAGAGCAGUUAAAAAGAAAAAAUACAGAAACAGAGCCGUUGAAUGUGAAACUAUCCAAAAUAAAACAAGCAGGAACAGUUUCUCAGAA